AUGGCUCAGCGAGGAAAAAGACAAUAUCCCUGUGACAUAUGUGGAAAGUGGUUCUCACAGAAAGGUAGCAUGAAGUUACAUCAGAGAAUCCAUACUGGUGUAAAACCGUACAUAUGCGGUACAUGCGGAAAGACGUUCACUCUGAAGAUGUACUUGAAUGUACAUGAAAGAACCCACACUGGUGAAAAACCGUACUACUGCAUUGAAUGUGGCAGUACCUUCUCCCAGAAGAGUAGUCUCAAUGUUCACGAACGAAUACACACAGGGGAACAACCGUACAAGUGUAACACGUGUGGUAAACACUUUGCAGUCAAAUUAUAUUUGAGAGCCCAUGAGAGGACUCAUACUGGUGAAAAACCAUAUCUAUGCCAAAUAUGUGACAAGGCAUUUACUCAGAAAAGUAGUUUAAAAACACAUGCAAAAUCUCAUACCUGA